CAGAAGCUCCGCCCUCUAGCGACACUCAGCAGGAAGAGUCGGACUCAUUCUUCUCUUCUGUCAGACUGGCUCUCGAUGUCUCGACAAAGGCUCACAGGAUCUGCGCUGCAUAAAGAAACAUGCUUUCAAGAAGGGUUUUUGAGCAGUCUCUGAACAAACAGCGGAUCUGUGUGAUUCAUUUUUGAAAGCAUCAUUCAAAAAAAGUGAAAGUAAAGCUCAACAACAACCAAAAUGGCUUCAACAGCUGAAUAUGAUUAUAUGUGCCCCGUAUGUCAUGACAUCUUCAAGACUCCUGUUAUUUUAUCAUGCAGUCACAGUUUCUGUAAAGAGUGUCUCCAGCAGUUCUGGAGAAGCAAGGAAACUCAGGAGUGUCCCGUCUGCAGGACAUCUUCAAGACAUCAACCUCCAGUUAACCUUGCGUUAAAAAACUUGUGUGAGUCGUUCUUAAAGAAGAGAAAUGAGGUUCGUUCAUCAGGAUCUGAGGAGCUCUGCAGUUUACACAGUGAGAAACUCAAACUCUUCUGUCUGGAGGACAAACAGCCGGUGUGUUUAGUGUGCUUUACUUCACAACAACAUGACAAUCACAAAUUCAGACCCAUCGGAGAAGUGGUUUCAUCACAGAAGGAGGAGCUCAACACAACACUGAAUUCCUUACAGGAGGAACUUCAACACAAAGAAAUCAUUAAAGGAGAGUUUGAGAAGACACUUCAACACAUCAUUUCUCAAACUGAGCACACGGAGCGUCAGAUUAAACAGCAGUUUGAGAAGCUUCAUCAGUUUCUCAGAGAUGAAGAAGAAGCUACAAUCACUGCACUGAGGGAGGAAGAGGAGCAGAAGAAGCAGAUGAUGAAGGAGAAGCUGGAGGAGAUGAACAGACACAUCUCAGCUCUUUCACACUCAAUCAAAGACACGGAGGAGAUGAUGAGAGACAAUGAUGUCUGCUUUCUAAAGGUCUAUCCUGAAUGUUCUUCCAGAGUCCAGAUCUCAUCACAGCCGGAUCCACAGACUCCUUCUGGAGCUUUGAUUCAUGUGCCACGUUACUUGGGCAACCUGCCCUUCAGAGUCUGGAAGAAGAUGCAGGACAUUGUCCAGAACACUCCUUUGAUUCUGGAUCCAAACACAGCUCAUCCAGAUCUCGUUCUGUCUGAUGAUCUAACAAGUGUGAAAUGGAGCUGGAACAAACAACCUGUUCCUGAUAAUCCAGAGAGGUUUGAAUGUUAUCCCUGUGUCCUGGGUUCAGAGGGUUUUAACUCAGGAACACACUGCUGGGAUGUGGAGGUCAAGGAGAGUUCAGACUGGAGUCUCGGAGUAACUACAGCAUCAAACCAGAGGAAGGGACGUGAUUUCUAUAAGACUUGUGUCUGGAGUGUGUGGUAUGAUCAGUACAGCCUGUCUGAGCAGCCUGACUUUGGCUUUCGUGUGAAACAGGAUCUUGAGCGUGUGAGAGUUUGUCUGGACUAUGACAGAGGAACAUUGUCAUUCUCUGAUCCUGUAACUAACACACAUCUACACACAUUCACAACCUCCUUCACUCAAACACUCUUCCCAUUCUUCAGCUGUUAUACUAUUUUCACUCUUAAGAUUUUACCGCUCAAUAGUUAGUAAACGUUACUCCUGUAGAUCGGGAUCUUCCUGCUUUCAUUAUGUUUACUAUAUUUAAUCCAUAUCACACGAGUAAGAGACUGUUGAUCUGAAUAUCAGUGCUUCUGCUAUUGGGCCGUGAUGAUCACAUGACUGAUAUCAGAACUACAGCAACACUCACACUCUCAUAUUGCUCUUAUACAACAAUACCAGCUGUGUGUAAUGUCGGGUUCACACUGCAGGAUUUUCAAAGUCAUUGGAUCGCUGUUCUUCGCGCACUGCACGACUGUCUGGGGUAUUCUCUAGUUGCUGUUGUGUGCACACUUCAUGACAGAUCAGACAGGAAUCACACAUUACACAACUUUUCAAUAGGAAGAAUCGCCAACAAAUCUGCCUUGUCUAUAAACUAUUUCACAACCAAACAGAUGCGAGAAUUGACACAGGAAAUAGCACAAGAUCACUCGAGAGACAGAUGUUUUCACACAAAAAUGGAUUUAUUCUUAUCAAAAAUGGUAGCCUGCAAAAAGCUUGCAAUCUAAUUUGUAUGGCUGAUUUGCAGUGAAAAAAAAUAUAAGAUAAAAAAGAAGGAGAAGAAUGGUUGCUGGCAGAAGCCCUGCAAAGUGAUGUUUAGUUACAGAUCUAUGACUCCUCCUACUGAACAUUUCCUUGCCGUUUAUAGUUCUCUCCCAUUGACUUUAGGUCUAUUAUGACUCCUCCCACUGAACGUUCCCUUGCCCUGUGUCAUGCUCUCUCAUUGGCUGUAGGUCUGUUAUGACUCCUCCCACUGAACUUUCCCUUGCCCUAUUUUGUGCGCUCUCAUUUGCUGUAGGUCUGUUAUGACCCCUCCCACUGAACUUUUUCUUGCCCUGUGUCAUGCUCUCUCAUUGGCUGUAGAUCUGUUAUGACUCCUACCACUGAACGUUACUUUGCAUCUAUUGUGUUCUCUUAUUGGCUGUAGAUCAAUUAUGACUCCGCCUACUGAACUUUCCCUUGCCUUAUAUUGUGUUCUCUCAUUGGCUGAAGGUCUAUUAUGACUUCUCCCACUGAACUUUCCCUUGCCCUUUACCGUGCUCUCUCAUUGGCUGUAGGUUGUCACUGAUGUCAUUUCCAGUCAAAACACAUUUCACACUAGAGGACUGUGAGGCACAGACAGGUCCAGAUAUUUAGCAUGCCAAAUAUCUCAUGGGCAUUAGCGAUGCGUUGGUGCUGUUCAGAUUGUGUUUUUGAUAACACACUCUGCGCGAUUGUCAGUCAUGUGAACAAGCCCCGAUUUACCUCCAAUUUUCGGCAUUUGUUGGCGAUUUCCACAAAACUGUCAGCAAGUGAAAAUUAGGGCUAAAAUCGUGCAGUGUGAGCUCAGCAAUUUACAAACUAGUUUUCACGUAAAGGGGCACUAAACUUACACACUACCAAAUAUUUUUAUCUUGCACAAUUUAGCAUAGUUCAAACAUAACUUGUUUGCAUUUUAGGAUGGAGAACAUUUUGUUAUUAAACUGCUCUUCAACACAAAACCAUUCUAAACAGCGCAUGUCUGUGUGCAUCUCUCUGUGUCAAAUACAUUCUAUCAAAAUAAAUAAUAGUUAUUUUAUAAGUUUCUUUUAUCUG